AGCUUUAGAACGUACUCUGGAUUGACUUCGUGAUAAUUUUUACAGAUUGAGAGAGAGCCAUCGGAUGACACGCCUGCCCUUGAUACUCAAGUUUUUACUCCUAAUCUGACAAAAGAGGUAUAUGCUCAAUGACAGUUGGAGUUUACAAUUAGUUUUGGGUGAUUUACAUAUAUAGACCUUUCUAAUUUUUGGCAGAGGGAAACACAAACCUCUACUGAUGAAACGCCACCCAAAACUAAUCAAGAAGAAGGAAAACCAGAUGAUGAGGUAAUAUUUACUCUAGAAAUUAUAAUUGAAUGUAUUCAUGAUGGCCUUUCCUGAUAUUUUUUGCAGAUUGUGAUUGAGUCACCUGCUGCUCAGACUCAAGUUUUGCAAAAAGAAACACUGGAAAUGAAUGAGACACCUUCUUCUCCAAUAUCUCCAAAGAGUAUUGAGGCUCAAGUUUUUACUCCAAUUCAGAAACAGCAGACGGUAACAGAGGAAACGUAUGAGGCUACACAGCCAUUGACUGAGAUCAUUUCAGCAAACAAUAAAAAGGAGGAUACACAUGCUGUGCAUCACACACCUUCCUCUCCAUUGUCUUCACUAAUUGCACUAGUUAUUGAAGAAAAUAAGAAUGCUUUGAGUGAGACAGAAACUGCGACCCAAUAUUUUUCUACAAGUGAAGGAGAGCAUACACAAUCAAGCAGAAAGAAUCAAGCGGAGAAUAUCUCAAGGAUACUACAGAACCUACUACUGAGCUAG